AUGUGGAAAGCGGAGCUAUGUUCUUUAUUUGGAAUUCGAUUUCAGGGUUUGGCGUAUUCCGCCGACUUUGCAGCGAUUGGUAUACUGUGUGUGCGGUGGGCACCGCUUUCUCAAAUGGGUCUCUUUAUAAGUACCUUGACCAGCUUCACUUCCGUGUCCGUUAUUGUGACAGAUCCGCUGACCGCCUGGCUAUGUGACUCGAGCUUCGGUUGGCGGUCUUCCUUCUAUUUUCAUGCAGCUUUUGGGUUUUUAGUGUUUAUAUUGUGGAUCGUAUUUUAUGCUGAUGAUCCACAUUUACAUCCGAAUGUAAGUGAGAGGGAACUGACAAAAAUUCAAGACGGGAAAACGCAGGCACAUAUUGAACGAGACCAUUUCGUUCCUUAUAAGGUGUGUUCCAUCAUUCGUAUUUACUGCCAAACUGUUUAG